AUGGACAAAGACCCUGAAGCCAAGGCCAGUGGCUCGAUAAAGCCCGCGGUGCCCAAUGCAGCGCAUGUGGAGAGCGCGUCUCCCUUUGAGACAAGCAGCAAGGAUAGCAAGGAGCCCGUCUCGGAUCUCAAGCUCGAUUCCCAUGGUUUGCCUCUGGUGCCGCAGCCCAGCGACCACAAGGAUGAUCCGUUGAAUUGGCCGUACUGGUACAAGUGCUUUGUCCUUGCCUUGCUCUGCCUGCUCGCGUUUAUCGUGCAGUUCGGCGCCGGCAUGGUUCCCGCUGCAUUUGGCCCCAUUGCUCUGGCCUAUGGAGUUUCGCAUCAAGCCGCCAGCUAUCUCACGACGACGUACACGCUUUUCGGGGGCGUCACGCCAUUGGUGGUUACCCCAUUUGUCAACUUGUACGGUAGACGCCCGGCGUACCUCAUCUUCACGGCCAUUGCCAUAGGUGCCAACAUUGGUUCGGCAUACGCGCCAUCGUACGGGACCCAGAUCCUCACUCGAUGCAUUGUCGGUAUCGGUGCCAGUGUUGCUCUCGCUAUUGGUGGUGCCACGAUUACCGACAUGUUCUUCCAGGGAGAGCGUGGAAAGUAUAUUGGAUUCUACGCACUCGCCCUUACUAACGGUCCGCACUUUGGUCCCAUUGCCGGCGGCUUCAUCGCCCAGAACCAAGGAUUCCGCUGGAUCUUCAAGUGGAACGCCAUCAUGCUGGGCAUCGUCCUGGGCUGCUUCAUAGUCUUCUUCCCCGAGACGCUCUUCUCGCGUACUCAGUUCAGCACGCUCGAGAACCGCAGCUACUGGCAACGCUUCGCCUUCCACGGCAAGGUCAUCGACCGCAAGCUUCGCCCAUCCGAUUUCCUGCACAACUUCAAGAUGCUCCGGUACGUCGCCGUGGUGGUGCCGUGCGUGUAUUACAUGACGGCCAACACGUACGGCUCCAUCGUCUUUGUGUUGACGGCUUCGAGCAUCACGGAGAGGCUGUACCAUUUCGACACUGAGCAAAACGGCCUGCUGCUUGGUAUUCCAUUGACUCUUGGCUGUUUGAUUGGCGAGUCUUGCACGGGUUGGAUCUCUGAUUGGCUGAUCAACCGAUAUGCCCGUCGUCACGAUGGUUACCGCAAGCCCGAGGCGCGUCUACACCUGGCUCCUCUCUGUUUAUUCCUGCCUGCGGGUCUCAUUAUCCACGGCGUGUCCGUCUCCAAUCAUGCCCCGUGGAUUGCUCUCGCCGUCGGCAUGACCGUGGCGUCCAUCGGCGUCCAGGCCGGCACCACUCUCACUUAUUCGUACAUUGCCGAUUGUUAUAAGCCGCAAGCCGCAGAGGUAUCGACGAUUAUCAACUUGUUCCGGCAAACGUUUGCCUUUACAAUUGGAUUCUACGCUUUGCCGUUUGGGCAGAGCGCCGGUUUUGGCGUUGCGUGGGGCGUAUUUGCCAUCAUCAACUUUUGCGCAUGGUGUCCGCUGCUUUUGUUAAUCUGGAAGGGGCAGGCGAUUCGCGAGGCUCAGGGCGUGCCCAAGAUGCACCAGGAUCUGUAG